GGAGGCGGCGUGCGCCUCUCUGAGCCACAGGCGAGAGGGUUGGCCGGGUCCUCAAGCCCGCCCAGGAGAGGUUCUCUGUCCCGGAGGCGGGCCGGGAGGCCGCAGCCUGGGCGGGCCUGGGCGGAGCCGAGGUGCUCGCCGAGUCGGAAGCUCCGGCCGGAGGGGCGGGGAAAGGGGCUGGCCCGGAAGGAGGAGAAGCCCUGAAAAGAAAACAGCAACAAGCCGAGCCGCUGUGACAGAGGGGAACAAGAUGGCGGCGCCAAAGGGGAAGCUUUGGGUCCAGGCCCAGCUCGGGCUCCCGCCGCUGCUGCUGCUGACCAUGGCGCUGGCCGGAGGCUCGGGGACUGCAGCGGCCGAAGCGUUUGACUCGGUCCUGGGGGACACGGCAUCCUGUCACCGGGCCUGUCAGCUGACCUACCCCUUGCACACCUACCCCAAGGAAGAGGAGUUAUAUGCAUGUCAGAGAGGUUGCAGGCUGUUUUCAAUUUGCCAGUUUGUGGAUGAUGGAAUUGAUUUAAAUCGGACCAAAUUGGAAUGUGAAUCUGCGUGCACAGAAGCAUAUUCCCAACCUGAUGAGCAAUAUGCUUGCCAUCUUGGCUGCCAGGAUCAGUUGCCGUUUGCUGAAUUGAGACAAGAACAACUCAUGUCCCUGAUGCCAAGAAUGCAUCUCCUUUUUCCUCUAACUCUGGUGAGGUCGUUCUGGAGUGACAUGAUGGAUUCUGCACAAAGCUUCAUAACCUCUUCGUGGACUUUUUAUCUUCAAGCUGAUGAUGGAAAAAUAGUUAUCUUCCAGUCUAAACCAGAAAUUCAGUAUGCACCGCAAUUGGAGCAGGAGCCUACAAACUUGAGAGAAUCAUCUUUAAGCAAAAUGUCCUAUCUGCAAAUGAGAAACUCACAAGCACACAGGAACUACCUUGAAGAUGAAGAAAGUGAUGGUUUUUUAAGAUGCCUAUCUCUUAACUCUGGGUGGAUCUUAACCACGACUCUGGUCCUCUCGGUGAUGGUGUUGCUCUGGAUCUGCUGUGCAGCUGUUGCUACAGCUGUGGAGCAGUAUGUUCCCCCUGAGAAGCUGAGUAUCUAUGGUGACUUGGAGUUUAUGAAUGAACAAAAGCUGAGCAGAUACCCAGCUUCUUCUCUUGUGGUUGUUAGGUCUCAAACUGAAGAUCACGAGGAAGCAGGGCCUCUGCCCACCAAGGUGAAUCUUGCUCAUUCAGAAAUCUAAGCUUUUUUAAAGAAAGUGUCGUCGACACAUAAACUUCCAUUCCUCAUAGAGCUUUUUAAAAUGGUUUCAUUGGAUAUAGGCCUUAAGAAAUCACUAUGAAAUGCAAAUAAAGUUACUCAACUCUGUGAAGACUUUAUUUGCUGUGACUUUACCUGUAUUUUUCUAGUCAUUUAAGACACGGACAUUGGGUUGUAUUUUUAUUUUACUAAUAUCUGUAGCUAUUUUGUUAGUUGCAUUGGUUUUUGGUUUUCUCCUGUCUUAGCCAAAUUCUAUGAGCUGAUCAUUGUCCUCCCCACAUCCUGCCAUGACACUGCGGUCAUCUUACUUAAUAAGCUGAAUGCUUAGGAUGUGCUACUUCUGCCUAGAAAUGGCCUCCAAACGUGUACUCGGAAAUAUAGCAGAAAAUGUUAUUUAAUGACACUACAUUUUCAGUUGUACUGAAUUGAAAUCAUUAAAAUUUAUUUGAAUAAUUAUGUAUUGAAA